UGGCGGCUACUUUGCAUGCUUUCGGUUUUGAGUUGUAGCCAACCAAAAUGAUGGUUGAAGAUGGCAAUGACUUUGGAGAUCUGCAGCAGCAGGCUGAGCAACUUACAGCAGAGAUGGAAAGUGGAACAGAUCUGCCUCGAGUAUCCCGUAACCUUACUCAGAUUCUAGAGGCAGGACAACGACUCCUGUCCAAAGUUGCACCGAUAAGCCAGGACUCUACUGAUGUCAAGGCCUCCAUCUUGCUGGGAACAAAAGGCUAUGAUGUACCAAGGAUAGCCCAGAAGUUGGAAGGUCUCAGUGCAGCAAAGUCUUUUGAGCCUUUAGAACCCAUCAGAGAUACAGAUAUAGAGAGCUUUUUAAGAAAUGAAAGAGAAAAUGCUCUCCUGGCAGUUAUUGAACAGACUCGGAAAAAUACAUUUGAGGAGACUGAGAAAAGACACUGGGAGUGUAUGGAGAGUGAAUGGGAACGUGAGAAGCAGAAGAUUCUCAACUCAUUAAGGGGCCUUGGGCAGGAUACACUCGACUUCCAGCCAGAGUCAGAGAGUUUCCUGGCAGAUCCAGUCAAUAUGCAGGGCCGUAGUAGCCUGGACAACAUCGAAGCAGCAUACGCUAGACAGGUAUUCCAGUACAACGAACAAAUCGUACAAGGUAGUGUGAGACCUUUUCUUGUCGACAUGUUUCUGGAUGUGGCGAAAAAAUUGGACGACAAGCAUGUAGUUGAUUUAUGGGAAAUGGUGAAAUGCAUGGUGGAGGUUCCUCUGGUGUUGACCAGUAGUAUUGGUCAAACUCGUUCUGACUACAGGACACACAUGGCUUUUGUGGACAAGGCUCGCGACUACCUAGAGACGCAAUACAAAAAGUACAUUACCACUACUAUAUAUGGUAACCUCCAGCAGGCCCAGCUAGGGGGCAUCCCUGGUACUUACAACUUGGUCCGCAGUUUCCUCAAUGUCAAACCUCCUACAUUUAGAGGCCUUGAGGAUGAGACAGUUGAUGGACACCCUACUUGGGCAAUGGUAUACUAUUGUUUGCGAUGUGGAGAUCUUCAAGCAGCACAGCAAGUCGUUGACAAGGCAGCACACAAUGUUGGUGAUUUUACAUCAUUUCUACAAGAGUAUAUAGCCAGUGAGGACCACAGAUUAAGUUCCAGUACAGAAACAAAGAUACAUCUACACUAUAGAAGGAUAGUAAAGAAUGGAACUGAUCCUUUCAAACGGGCAGUAUAUUGUGUGAUAGGCCGAUGUGACUACGAGGAGAACCACUCUGACAUUGCUGACAAGAUAGACGACUACCUGUGGAUAAAGUUAUCCCAGAUACAACUAGACCCUGACCCUGUGAGUCAAGACCAGUUCACGCUACAGAAACUACAGACCAUGUUGUAUGAGGAUUUUGGUGAGAGUUACUUCAAUGGAUACCAGCAGCCAUACCUGUAUUUUCAGGUGUUAAUCCUCACAGCUCAAUUUGAAGCAGCCAUCGAGUUUAUGUCCCGAAUUGAUAAGCUUCUUUGUCACUCGGUCCAUGUGGCUCUAGUUUUGUACGAAUUGAAGAUGUUGAUGCUGGCUUCUUCCAAUCAGUCACAGCUCUUAACCAAGGAAGCAGCAGAUGAACAGCCAAUGAGGCGACUGAAUUUUGUACGCCUCAUUACCAUGUACACACGGAAAUUUGAGGCCACUGACAGUCGAGAAGCACUACAGUAUUUCUACUUCCUCAGGGACUUAAGAAGUGGACAAGGGGAGAACUUAUUCAUGUCAUGUGUUAGUGAGCUUGUACUGGAAACACGGGAAUUCGAGAUGUUGCUUGGGAAGAUUGAACGUGAUGGGACACGACGGCCAGGAGCCAUAGAUAAAUUUCAUGGUGACACGCAGAAGAUCAUAGAACUGGUGGCUAAAGAUACUGAGAGUAAAGGCCUGUUCGAGGAUGCUGUUAGGCUGUAUGAUCUAGCUAAGAAACAUGACAAGGUGCUGGAGAUCUUGAACAAACUGAUCAGUCAGGUAGUGUCCCAGUCAAACUCACCUCAGUCAGCACGGGAUCGGCUACGCAAUUUGGCCAUUGGUAUGGCAGAGAGAUACAGGUCUGAGGGUGUGGAAGGCAAUCGUUCCAACACCAGCACAUUCUUCCUCCUUCUUGAUCUUCUCACUUUCUUUGACUUCUACCACGCUGGCAACAUGGAUGAAGGCCUCUCAGUGAUGAAACAGUUGCAGUUACUUCCCCUUACAGCGGAUGCUGUAGAACAGAAAGUGAACUCAUUCCGACAUUACACAGAUGAGGUGCGUAGAUGUUUACCUGAUAUACUGUUAGCUACAAUGAACAUUUUACAUCACCAAUACAAAAAUGCCAAAAAUACUGCUCCACAAAGUCCAGUAACAGGCAGAGGGUCAAGAGCAGGUGACGGUGGAAAGGAAACGUUCCUGAAUUUUCUGAGAAGUCAGGCUCGCGCGCUGAUCAUGUUUGCUGGAAUGUUGCCAUACAGACUUCCAGGAGACACAAAUGCACGACUCGUCCAGAUUGAGGUCCUCAUGAACUAGUAUACAUCACGUUUUAGAGGUCAUAAGGUCAAAGAUGUUUGGUGCAAUAAUACACUCUUCAGUGCCACAAGAAAUGUAUUGAGAAAUAGCUUCAGUAAAACCAUACUUAAAUCACAGUAUAAACAAAUACCAUUUCGUGUAUUAAGCCCACGGGACAAACUAAUAAUGUCCGACUCAAAUGAGGAAGUUAAGAUUUAUUACACAAUAGUGAUAUAGCAUUAUUUGGUAUUUCUGCUGAAAACACAAUUGAUGUGGGUGGCCUUUAAACAGGACACCUUACAUAGAUACAUUUUUUAUUGUUAAUCUCAGAUUAUUUGAACAAAAGUAUGUUGAUUCAGAAAUGUAUGCUUGGUUACAUUUUAAACAGUAAAUUAGACUCUCUGUUCUGGAUAUAAUUUAGUUGUUUAUAUCAAUUUAAAUUUGCUGAUGCAAAAUGAUCUUUAAAGCAUUCAUAUUUUUCACUGGAUACAUUGAAUAACAUAAACUAGCGAUCAGAAUGGACGAUCUUGAAUAUGCUGUCGAGUAGCUGGUCAGUCAUGGUUGUCUGUUUGUGGGAAGAUAUUUCCUUAGUUUUGACUUGGGAUUUACAAUGGUAUAACUCGAGGUGCCUAUAUUUGUAAGAAACAUUUUGAAAAUAUUGUUAAAAACAUUUGACGAAAGCUAAAUCUACACAUUUUAUAUCAUCAUCAUAAAACAGUUGACUUGUAUUAUUUAAUGUGUAUUAGGGUUUAUGUGAUAACAUGUUAAUCAAGUGGAUGUGACGUUAAGUGAGCAACACAUUGUGGCAGAUUUCUACUGUGUGUAAGGGUUUGUAGGAUAAAAUGCUGGUAAAGUGGAUGUGCAAUUCAGUGAGCGACACAUUGUGGGAGAUUUCUAAUGUUUGUAUGGGUUUGUGUAUCAUGUUAGUGAUAAAGCAAGUGACACUUUCAUAUGUGCGUUUGUGUGUGUGUGUGUGUGUGUGUGUGUGUGUGAGGGUGUGUGUGUGUGUGUGUGUUUGUAUGGAAUUGGGGCUGCAAGUGUUUGAGAUUGGUUAAGUGAAUGAAUUGCUUUAUGGAUUUAGUGUAAAUAUGUCACAAUGACUAGUGUAUUUUAAGUUUAAACAUUACUGAACUUGUGAAAUUACUAACAUUUUGUCAAAAAGAUCUCAUUGAUCUGUUGGGAUAUUUCAUUUUUGAAAUCUGCUUCACUCUGGUAUAUUUCAUGAUAUAAGGCUCAUGGUGAAGGCCAAUAGUUUGUUUUAUGUUUCAAUAAAACCUGACCAAACACAAAAUUGUCUUUUAAAAAGAAAAAGGAAAACACAAAAAUGGUAGACAGUGAUACUAUAUAUAUAUAUAUGGUUGUGUCGCUGCAUAAAUUGUGUCAGUUAAAAUGUUACCCUGCUAUCAGAUACUGUCAAAUAAUAUUUUUUGUGAGGCUAAAAUUUUGAGGUUUGAGGUUUGCCAAAAAUGUGCAUCUUUGUUGACACAUGAUUUUGUAGUUAAAUCUUGCUGGAAAAAUGCACAAGUACUAUUAUCAACUUUUAUCUGCAUAUCAUUCAUGGAUAUAUAGUUCUGGAUUUAGAGUACCCACAAAUUUAACAUAAAUAAAUCCCUAGUGAAAAUUAAUGAUUUUAACAGUAUUCAAGACUAGUCAACAUGCACUAAAUGAUCAAUUGAUUUCUCUGCAUUAAAAUCUUAGGAAUUCGAGACGAUAACUAUCUAGGACAGUGAAAUAUCAUAUUCUGAGAUACUGUGAAUUAUUAUAUUACUGUGAUGGGAUGCAAUUUGUUCAGUUCAAAACACGGUUAUUUCACAAAAUAAAGGAAAAUAUUUUAUAAUGCAAUCUAUGAAAGAUACUUCACAAGAUAUUUCUAUAAUUCAAUGAUCUACUUUUUAACUAUUUAGUAGAAAUAGCUAAACAAGAUCUGAACUAUCUACUGCAAAAUCAUUAAUAUUUGUGGGAGUUUUAUUUCCUAUGAUUUUGUUUGAACUUUUAUUCCACAAAAUUCAUAAAUCUGCAAACUGUUGAAAUAAGCAUAAGUGAAUUUAUUAUGCUGAAUUUCUCCAGCAAAUAGUACUGUCUUGAAAAACCACAUAAAUUGAUAUAUAAUAUUCCAGUAUAUCCAUAUUGGAGUAGUUGAUGUUAUACAAGUAAACAACACUUACUACAGUUGUGUUUACAUUAAGGGAUCUUUGACAUUUUAUCAGUGUAUAUGUAGUCUCUGUAAACAACAGGUCUGGUGACCAUGUCGUGCUCUGUAUAACAAAAUAACAAAUAGGAAUUGAGUGUGACAUAUAUAGAAACUUCACUAUUAUAAAUACUGAUACAGAGUCCUGUGAUCAGAGUGACAUCUGGUUGCAAAUUUGAACACAAAUGAUGCUUGCAAUGAGUUGGUUAUUCAACAAAUCAGGGUUCAGCUUUUAAAUUAAGGCUUGCAAGAAUAUAUUGGCAUCAUAUUUGAAGAUUUAAUGAUCAGAGAAUGAAGAAUACUUUAAAAACAGUUUAUUGAGGUGACAAUAUGUAGAUGUGAUACAUUCACAUAAC